UCAGCUGUCAUCGGGCUUUGUACACAUCAUAGCUAGCUACGAUUGCUCCUUGCUCUGCAAACGCAAAGGAAAAUGUUUACUUCACAGACUUCUUCUUUCCAAGAUUCUAUUGAUGUUGAAGAAAGAGACGCGGAUUUUGACAAUGAAGAAAUUAUGGGAUAUAAUCAGAAAGCACAGCAGCUAAACUGCUAUUAUUCAAUCUACUUUUACCAAAGCACAAGAUCUGAGGCAGCUGACGACAAAAUGGCUAGGAGCCACAGAAGAACAGAGUCCACUACAACUGAGGAUGAUUUUAGUCUCUCUCUAGUGGACACGAGUCUACCGCCGGAGGCUGAGCCGGAGCUGCGCUGCUACAUCUCCCGGAGGCUGAGCAAGGGGGCGCUGUUGGGCGGGAUGGGCAACAUCGCCACAGUGGAGCUCAGUGUCCCGGAGCAGGCAGUGGGCUGUUACUGUUGCCUCCUGGAGCAGGAGAGAUCCCCUGGCCAGGCGGAGGGGGAGGGCAGCGGGGACUACGUGGUGUGCUUCCUGGGGGGCUCAGAGAAAGGCCUCAAUCUAUUCAGGCUGGAACUGGACAAGUAUGUGCAGGGUCUGCAGAACAGCCUCAGCCCGGAGCUGCAGAAUCUGGAGACGGAGAUCAGGCCCUACCUGAGCCGCUGGUACGAGGAAUCAGUCAUGCAUAUCUACAGGGUGGUGCAGCUCGUCCAGGGGAACAUCAGCUACCUGCUCCAUGCUGCUCUGAGCCACACCCACGUGGAAGUGAUUGGUGCAGAAGAGAGAACCAAGGCUGAUGUGGCCAGGUUCAUUAAGGCUGCCAGCCUGCAGGGUCUGGUCCAGGAGGACACCACCACCUCGCUGUGCAAGGCCAUCUCCGAGGACUCGCACUCCGACCUGGUGAUCGACUGCUCCACCACCCCACCCACGCUCACCAACACAGUCAGCAACCGUUUCUGCGACGACUGGAAUCAGGCCUUCCUCAACGCCGCCGAGCGCUGCAACCCCUUCCUGCUGCGGCAGAUCCUGGAGAACUUCAAACUCAAGGCCAUCCAGGACAUGAACAACCUGAAGCGCUUCAUCGGCCAGGCGGAGAUGAGCCACUACGCCCUGUUCCGCUGCUGCCUGUUCUUGCAGAGCUGCGGGAACGGGGACGUGCUCCUCCAGAACGCGCGGGCCGAGCACAGCAGCCUGCCCGAGGCCCGCAGCAUCAUCCGCGUGCUGGAGGAGUUCCUGAGCGAGCAGGCCCAGGGCGCCGUGCACUGACACCUCCCAGCCAGCAGGGCGGCGAUGCUCACCGAGCGCCUUGCUCCGUUCCCCUCUGUUCAGCGGUCUGUCCGCCUCCACCCACAACAGAUCUAUGUGUUAGUUAUCGCCUUGCCAGGUCGACACACCUCAGGUUUCCCCAGUGAGAGGAGCCUAUUGAUCGUCUGUGAGAGUCAUUCACGUCCUCACUCCACAUAGUCUUUUCCUUUUCCUUUUGCAAAUAACAGAUAAAACUGAUUGGGUGAAAGACAACUGCAUCAACAAAAGCAUCAGCUUAAAGAAAAAAACUGAAGAGUUGCUUUGGAAAGGACUAGCCUAAGAUUAGACUAUUAGUUGCGGAGUCUCCUUUCGUAAAACAGAUUGCUUGGUUGUAAAUUGAAGUAAUAAUUAAAUUUCAUAUCAUUGCUGUUUGCCUAUAGCCUGUUUGUGUGAUCUUAACCCCAGGCCUUAGCGCAAUACUUUUUGUCAUCUGCCAAAACAAACAAGACCUGAAGUGCAAAACUGUGUUGAUGUAUAUCUUGUAUGUUCCCUUUGACGCACAUUACAUAUGGGGCCUGUCUGGUUCCGUAUAUUGAAGUGUUACAAACACGGAGUUUCUGAAUGCAAAGCUGUGUAUUUUUCCCUACUUUGACAACAUUGAACAGUUUCAAUAGGAGGCAGAUAUUAAA